GACAGAUGUUAUGCGAGGAAAGAAGGAUGUCACUGCUCUGGCGCAGGCUUGGCUGCAAGUUGAAGUACCUUGACAUCAAGCUCGCUGAUAUCACCGCUUUCGUCACAGACUCUGCUAGCUCGAACGUUUCUGCGAUGGAGGUGUUCCCGAAGGAUGAGAGUGUCAAGCACAUCUUCAGGAUUCCUUGUGUGGCACACGUCAUGGACCUCAUCCUUGAGGACAUCGGCGACAUUGACUGGGUGGCGACCCGCAUUGCUCAGGCGCGUUUGGUCACAAAGUUUUUCAAGCGUCAUAGCCACACUCGCGAAGUUUUGCAAGCUUUCACGACGAAGGCUCCGCUGCUUCCUGCCGAGACUCGCUUCGGUACGCAUGUGAUUAUGAUGCGACGACUUCUUCUGCUGCAAUCGCAUCUUAUGCAGGUGGUCGUUGAUGAUCGAUGGAAGGACACAGUUUGGUCAACGAAGAAGAUUCGAGACGACGACGCGGAGGUCACAGCAUGUGUCGAUGGUGGACAGCGACACGAGGCAGAUAAGCAAGAUUCUGCGUCGGUACGACGAGAUGAUCGCGCGUUGUUUGUCUGCAUAUGUGCCGCUUUGGAGAAGGACGAGCAGGACGCGCUGCUUGAAGUGUUUGACAGACGCCGCACCAUGUUCAAGUCGCCUGCUCAUGUUGCUGUCAUGAUGUUGGACCCCGAGUUUCGAGACCGCACAAUGCCAGAUGACGAGGAGAUGCAGCACGGUUUGAAACUCUCUCUGAUUCAGUUUGGGUACCCGGAACAUUCGGAUCAGCACAACGAGGUCCUCACUGCCAUUGACAAGUUCCAUUCCAGGGAGCCAGCGUUCGACGACGUGGCCAUGGACCGGACGGCGAGGAGCUAUUCCCAUCCAGCCUGUUUCUGGGAGUCGAAGGAGAAGAGGUUCCCGCACACGGCCUUCUUCGCUGGCAGGAUACUGCGUGUGUGGGCGACUGCGUCGCCUUGCGAGAGAGCUUGGUCCCGUUGGAGUUUCAUCCACUCCAAAUCUCGUAACAGAUURGAGGUGGCGCGGGCCGAGAAGCUCGUGCGAUGCCAUUGGAACCUUCGGCUCCUCGACAGGCAGGCUAUGUCGGACGAUGCUCCCAGUGAUAGGCCACAUCCGUAUGGGAGCUGGGUGCACUAYUGGCAGCAGGUGGAGGAGGAGGUGCCCACCGACCAGCAGCUUGUGGCAGACCGAGGAGCCCGUGUGACGGUCACGAAGGAGGAGUUGACGCAGGCGAGAGAGAGGAUGCGCGUCGUGUCCCGCAUGGGAGCCAUUCGUCGCUUGCGGGAGUCUGACAGGAGGAGGAAUCGUGGCGGCGGUCGCGGAGGUGGUCGUCGGGGCCGUCGCAGGCGAGGCGAGCGUGGAGGUCCUGGCGGGAGGCGUAGUGUCGCGAGUCGUGGAAGGGCAGUGAACGAGCUAGUACGCAAGCCUCGACAGCGAUGGGAUGAGGGAGACUUUUUGUACGAGAGCUCGUCCAGCGAUGACGAGGAUUUCUUCGGGACUGGCAGGCCUGCACAGGAUGGCGACAGCGAUUUCGACGACCGUCACCCGAACAUGGGCGACGACGAUGGCGCUAGUGGCGAUGAUCACGGUCUACCCCAUGUGUCACCGCCCAAGCCACAACAGCCUGCUGUCAUGGAGCAUGGAUCGGACGGGUUUGACGUGGCAGGAGGCAAUAUUGCCGAUAUGAUUACGAGCCCAAUGGUGUCUGCUAUGCCUAUAAUUUUUCGUGUUGGCAAACUACGYGAGGUGGCCCUUGGUUUGGCGGAGACGGCGACGCGACACCGCCGCGACGGUCAGCGCAGCAUCGCACAACGAAGUCUUUCUCAUUCGUCUGAUGGCGCAGAGGAAGGGUCUCCUGGUGGGCCAGUUGACACACUCGAAAGAGAAGCAAGACCCCCAAGUCCGCCGUCAAACUYAGAGCAUCAUCCGAUUGCCGCGGCUGUCGACGCAGAUGCGGGCGUCCCCGUCACAAACAGUGGCGCGGACGCGACAGAACAGCUUGUGGUUGGGUCAUCGGCGACAGCACGGCGCGACAGAGCCACUGUUUUGCCGACAGUGGCAUUCUAUGCUAGCGGGAAGAGUACUGGGGGGAUGGAUGAGCAGGGAGUCCGGAAUGUUGGCAGGCCAUCUGCACCGUCUAUGGGGAAACGAUCCAUUGGGAGUGUGGAUGGUGCUCGGCACACCGCCAUGGCAGAGUUUAAGGACCGACACGGGAGUGCUUURCCGACGAAGACGUCUGAUGUCCAUGCUACGAGAGCCGCAAAGGCGAGUCUUUCUCGGGCAAGGAAGAAGGCCUCGGCAAGGAAGGCGUCACGUUCAUCCUCACAUAUGCRUUCCCGAGAGAGAGGAUCGGGCGUUGUGCAUCUCGAGGACGGAGAGAUUGCACCUAACGCCGACGCAUUGGAUGUUGGAGGGAGGGAUGCAACAACGGCGGAUAUCGUCGGCAGGGAGGGCACAGGGAAUGCAGUGGCAGGUCAGAAGAGACGCGGCAGUGUACUUAUCGUCCACGACGACAGCACAGAUGUCGCCCCGGGAGAGACCACAGGCACUGAUGAUGCAGAGGGUUCCGAUUACGUACCCAAACCACGGGCGGCAGAUGGAGAUGAUGGAGGAGGGCGACGAGUGAGACCGAGGACACGACUCGGGCCGCAAGGGCAGCGAGCACAGGGCAUACCAUCUGCGAUGAUUCCUGCCCCCAUAGAUUGGCGAGCUCAAGCGCAGUGGUUGCUGCGCAAAAUGGAGGCCACUCUUCAACAGACGCACGGUUUCGUCGCCGAGGCCGGGCUCAGAUUUGGUGAACCGGCGGAACGCUAUGCGUGCCGCCUUACCUAGUAAAUCAUCAGCGUCGCUCGUGACAAGCCUCCGAGUCGGACAAAGCGGGCCUC